CACACACACAUAUAUAUACAAACAUAUAUAUAUAUAUAUAUAUUUUUCGAUUUGGAUUCUUCUCUCUUCCCAUGGGAUGUUCAUGAAAUAGAUAUAAUUCAUCGAUCCCAUGGGUGGUUGCGUUUCUAUGCACGCCAGAGUAACUUCUCUGAAGAAAUCCAAAGUUUUCAAAUCCUUACCGGACACCGACACCGACUCAUACCGGCGUCCCAAAUCCCGAACCCCACGGUCCUCCGGUCCGAUCUCCCCACGGUACUCGGGUCUGAUCACCCCAAAAUUCUCAGGUCCCAUCAAGUUCUCGGGUCCGAUCACUCCACGGUUCUCGAGACCGAUCACAAUCUUGAAAGAUCCAUCAGGGAAUGACAUUUUCAAGAGGUACAAAUUCGGGAAGGAAUUGGGGAGGGGGGAAUUCGGGGUGACCUACCAGUGUUUGGACACGGAGACCGGCGAAACCCUAGCGUGCAAGAAGAUAUCGAAGAGCAAGCUGAAGAGUGAUAUUGUGGUGGAGGAUGUGAGGAGGGAGGUGGAGAUCAUGAGGCAAUUGCCGCCUCACCCGAAUAUUGUUAGGUACAAGGAGGUUUAUGAGGACAGAGAGGCUGUGUAUCUUGUAAUGGAGCUCUGUGAGGGCGGUGAAUUGUUCGAUAGGAUCAUUGCAAGAGGGCAUUACAGCGAACAAGCCGCUGCAAUGGUCGCCAGGACGAUUGUCGAGGUUGUUCAGGUAUGCCAUAAUCGUGGAGUAGUACACCGGGACCUAAAACCCGAAAACUUUUUAUUUGCUAAUGUUACAGAAUCUGCUCCCCUAAAGGCAAUCGAUUUUGGCCUCUCCAUAUUCUUUGAGCCUGGUCAGCGUUUCGGUGACAUAGUUGGAAGCCCCUAUUACAUGGCCCCCGAAGUCCUCAGACGUGAUUAUGGACCAGAAUGUGAUAUAUGGAGUGCAGGUGUUAUUCUUUACAUCUUGCUGUGUGGAGUUCCUCCUUUUUGGGCAGAAUCUGAAGAAGGAAUUGCACAUGCGAUUAUUCGAUCCAAAAUAAAUUUUGAGAAGGAUCCUUGGCCAAAAAUUUCUGAAGAUGCAAAGGAUCUCGUGAAGGGUAUGCUCGAUCCAAAUCCAUACAAUCGAAUGACGGUUGAAGAGGUCCUUGCACACCGAUGGAUACAGAACCCGGAUAAAGUCCCCUCGUGUCCUUUGGGAGAAGGUGUUAGAUGUAAAAUUAUGCAAUUCUCCUUGAUGAAUAAGUUCAAGAAGACAGCCCUCAGAGUGGUCGCAUAUAACUUGCCAGAUGAGCAAGUAAAUCAGAUUGAAAAUGUAUUCCAUAUGAUGGACACUGACAAAAAUGGAAAUUUGAAUUUCGUGGAGCUCAAACACGGCCUUAGGAUGAUUGGGCAAACUGUUUCUGAUCCUGAUGUGAAGUUGUUAAUGGAUGCUGCGGAUGUUGAUGGAAAUGGCACCAUAAGUUGUGAAGAGUUUGUUACGAUGGCUGUGCACCUGAGAAGGAUGAGCGACGACGAUGGGCAACUCCGUCAAGCUUUCCAAUUCUUCGACAAGAAUGAGAGCGGGUACAUUGAGUUUGAAGAGCUUAGAGAAGCUUUGUUGAAUGACAACCUUGUUAUCGACAGUGAUCAAGUCGUCGAGGAGAUCAUGUUUGCUGUUGACUUAAAUAAGGAUGGCCAGAUCAGUUAUGAAGAGUUUGAGGCCAUGAUGACAACCGGCAUGGAUUGGAGGAUGGCUUCUCGCAAAUACUCUAGAGCAAGGCUAAAUGCACUUAGCCUCAGAUUGUUCAAGGACACAUCAGGCCCAUUGAACAAAUCAGGACCAUUGUACAAAUCAGGACCAUUGAAAAUUUAAAUCUUCUUCUUAGCUUUUGAAGCCCGAAACAUGGCUGAAGAUCUGGAGAAACCUCUGUUGAAUCGUGAGAACUUCAAUCGGGAAGGUAUUGAUCGUGGUCUGGUAAGUCAUGCAGUAAAUGGAAGUAUAUGUCAACAACAUCCUGAAACUCUUCGCGGUGGUGGUGAGUAUGGAAAACGGAUGGUUGAGGAACAGAAAUUUGUUCUUGGGGGAUUAGGAAGUAGUCACGAGUUUUAAGUAAUGUACUUGUACAACCAAUGUAUUGUGAGCAGCUGCUUCUGUUUUCUUACGACAAUGUAUUUAUGAGCAGUUGCUUGUGUACCUUAAUACAAA